CUCUGGCGAAAGAGACGGUUUGUGUCGAGAAGGUGGUUCUCCGGCACAAACUGCACACCGGUUCGGCCUCUUGUUUUUGCUCUGCCUGUCGCGUGCAUGAGUACGAGCGGUGCUAUACCAGGAGCAAGUACCCGGCCUGCGGCACGAAGCUCGAAGAGCAGGUAGUAGAGGAGACCGUCAUCAUGGUCACUGGUGUAGAUCCUGUGGUUGGGGUGGAUCCUGUGGUCGGGAGCAAAAAGAAGGCGAAGAAAAUUGUUUUCCGGAAGGGGGCGACCACCUGUCAGAUGGACAGGGUUACCGGUACACAGUUUGGGGUCUCACUCUGCGGUAGCAGCAAGUAGAUAUUACUGAGGGGCUGGGUGAUGGUGCGUUCAAAUCUUGGUUUGCGUUUUUGCUGUAAUUUUGUGAAGAUAAGCGCGUGGUUUGGUGGAGAUUGUGCGUGUUGCGACUUGUAAACUUGCAGUUUUUCUGUUGUGCUUCAAUCGGCGGCGGCGAGAAAAGUGUAACGUACAACACCCAUCAUAACUUUGUUCAGAAUGCGAGAAAAACAAUUACAACGACGGAUUCGUGAUCCC